AUGAAAUCCCGUGAGACCACCCAAACACCAAACAAUGCAAAAGCACCAGCAGCAUACGAGCCGGACAAGACCGGCCCAAGCUACGGAUACCCGACAAGCACGAAUGGCCCUAUCACGCGAUCCUCUCUGUGCACCCCCGGCCCGGUAGUUGAACCAGCCAAGCCCAAUUGCGAUCCAUUUCAAGGGAAGAAGAAGAAAAUGAAGACGACCCAGUUGUAUACAUGGCUCCUCUGCGGCCUCGGCGGCGCUCUCGUCCACGGAGCCAGUAUCGGCCCCCGUGUCCCCGGGAUCAAGGAACACUACGGCGAGAACCCGAAUGCGAACCAGCUCUUUGCCGCGCCGCCGACCAACGGCCGGAUUAUCGACCGCACGGGCUGGGGCGUCACUUGCGACAGCUUCGCGGCCGGCAACGAGUGCUGGAAGGCCAUUGACGGCGACAACACCACGUUCUGGCACACGGCGUGGUCCGGCUCGGCACCGCCACCGCCGCACACCAUCACCCUCGACAUGGGAUCGACAUACAACGUCAACGGCCUGUCGGUGCUGCCGCGGCAGGACGGCAACCAGAAUGGCUGGAUCGCGCGCCACGAGAUCGCCGUCAGCACCGACAACACCAACUGGGAGGUGGUCGCCUUCGGCCACUGGCCAAAGGACGCGCUGCCCAAGUACGCCAACUUUGAGACGCGAAAGGUUCGCUACGCGCGCGUCCGCGCACUGACCGAGGUCGCCGGCAACCCGUGGACGAGCAUCACCGACCUGCAGGUGUUUGCCGCCGGCGCGGACCCGGCGCCGUACGCCGGCCUCGGGAAAUGGGGCCCGACAAUCAACUUUCCCACCGUGCCCGUCGCCGGCAUGGUGGACCCGCUGACGAGCAAGAUCACCAUCUGGUCGGCGUACGCGUACAACAACUAUUACGGCUCCAGCUGGGACCGCGUCUUCACCUCCAUCUGGGACCCGGCCACCAACGACGUGCAGCCCAAGGUGGUGGACAACACGGACCACGACAUGUUCUGCCCGGGCAUCUCCAUCGACGGCCGCGGCCAGGUCAUUGUCACCGGCGGCAACUCCAAGUCCAAGACGACGCUGUACGACUUCCCCUCGCAGCAGUGGAUCGCCGGCCCGGACAUGAAGAUCCCGCGCGGGUACCAGUCGUCGGCGACGUGCUCCGACGGGCGCGUCUUCACCAUUGGCGGCUCCUGGAGCGGCGGCGAGGUCGAGCCCAAGGACGGCGAGAUCUACGACCCGCAGGCCAAGACGUGGACCAUGCUGCCCGGCGCCAAGGUCGCCAACCUGCUCACGCAGGACGCCCAGGGCGUGUACCGCUCCGACAACCACGCCUGGCUCUUUGGCUGGAAGGACGGCUCCGUGUUCCAGGCGGGGCCCAGCACGGCCAUGAACUGGUACACGACGGCGGGCACGGGCGCCGUGUCGGCGGCCGGCAAGCGCACGACGGCCGGGCGCGGCGACGACCCGGACUCGAUGUGCGGCAUCGCCGUCAUGUACGACGCGACGCAGGGCAAGAUCCUGACGGCGGGCGGCUCGCCGUCGUACCAGAACAGCGACGCGCACACCAACGCGCACAUCAUCACGCUCGCCGGCGCCGGCCAGAAGCCGACGGUCAAGUUUGCGAGCACCGGCAUGCGCUUCCCGCGCGCCUUUGGCACCGCCACCGUGCUGCCCGACGGCCAGACCUUCAUCACCGGCGGCCAGGCGUACGCCAUCCCGUUCGAGGACUCCACCUCGCAGCUGACGCCCGAGAUGUACGACCCGGCCCGCGACACCUUCACCGCCAUGGCGCCCAACUCCAUCCCCCGCAACUACCACAGCAUCUCGCUGCUCAUGCCCGACGCCCGCGUCUUCAACGCCGGCGGCGGGCUGUGCGGCGACUGCGCCACGAACCACUUUGACGGCCAGAUCUACACGCCCAGCUACCUGCUCAAGGCCGACGGGUCGCCCGCGGCGCGCCCGGCCAUCGCCUCGGCCACCUUCAGCUACGGGCGGCUCAUUAUUGGCACCGACGGCGCCGUGGCGUCGGCCGCGCUCAUGCGGGUCGGCACGUCGACGCACACCAUCAACACGGACCAGCGCCGCGUGCCGCUGACGCUCAAGCGCCUCUCCGACACAAAGUACUCGGCCGUCGUGCCGUCGGACCCGGGUAUCUUGCUUCCGGGCUACUGGAUGCUGUUUGUCAUGAACAGCAACGGCGUGCCGAGCGUCGCCAAGAUUAUUAACCUUUUGAAGUAG